UGUAAUCAGCUGAGUUUGACUUACAAAGUUCCCAUCAAAAAAGAUUAUGUUUUUUGUUAAUUAUUUCCAUGAAAUUAACACUUGGAAAUUAUAGGUCUCCUACUGAAUGAACCCUCGUGCCUUGCGCAAGCACUAACAUUGUAGACAAAAAGAAUUGUGCUUAUUUUUGAUUUUCAAAGGUCCAAAUAAUGAACCUAGAAAAGCCAUUAACCCUUGCAAAUAAUGAAAAAUUAUUUCAUUUGAAGUGACCGCUGUAUAAGCAGAUGUUCAAACACAGUGAAUGUGUAAAAAAUUGCAAGUUUUUGUCAAAUACUUUUUAUAACAUGUCAGGACAUGAUAAGUGUUUCCACUCUAGGAUAUUAAAAUCAUCCUGUAAUCUGGCGAAACACGGGCCGAUGAAAGCAACAAUUCCGUUAGCCUCUCUGAUGAAGCAGAGCAAUAGUGGUUGCGAGUCUAGCGCUAGUACGGCAACAUUUUCAUCUAUAUAUUCUUGGAGGAAUAGAAGUGACCCAUCUGGCCAAAGAAGUCCUGGAUCUUCUUCAUACAAAGAGAGAAUAAAACCAUUACAUUUAUUUGGUUCAAUACGGAGAUCAGUCUCAUUAGACACAAUAUAUCUAAAAGGAAACUGGCCUGGUCGAUCAUAUUGGUUUGCAAGAGCUCUACAAGUUGAUAAAGCCACACAGACUGAUGAAUCAGAUUGUUUAGACGUGCUUUGUAUUCCUGAUUCUGGACGAACAACAGAUCUUUGUCAAAGUACGGAAAAUACCAAAGAACUAGGUAGUAUAUAUUCUCCUGGUGAAACUAAUCUCAGUAGCUCUUCGAAAUCUUCAUCAUCAAGCUUUAUUUCACCAACAACCAUAAAACCUCUACCAAAGCCUUGUUUUCGAAGUUCUGCAGAAGAUCUCAACCGAGAAAUUGAAACAAUUGUCCAGAGAUCAGACAGAGACUAUUAUAGUACAAGACCUCUUCAUUCUGGAAUUUUUUACCAUGAGGCACCAGAUGGUCACAGAGCACCUCUAGCAGAUCUUUUGUGCAAAAAAUGGAGGUCAUGUUCGGUGAAUACACAGACUCCGGGUGGGUAUAGCAGUACUUCACAUUCGUCAGGUGAGUGAUAAAGUGGGUGGAUGAUUUAUU